UUCUGGGUUUCAGAAAUCAUACUGCUGCUGCUUCCAAAUGAGCUGAGAAAGAUGCCAGCUGGCAAGGUUCAUCAAUCUCUGGGAUCAUCCAAGAUGCCCAAAGGAUUCCAGAGCAAAGUUGUAGCACCUCGCAAUCCUAAGCUGGUCAGAGAGGAAGAAAAGGCUAUGACUCUGACUCCCUCUGCCUUCCUGAAGGAGAUGUCUCUUACUACAGAACAGAAGCUGGCUAGCACUCAUGAAAUGCGACUGCCCCAGAUUAUCAAGCUUUUAGACAUGAGCGAAACCUCCCAUCAAAAGUUCUCAACAGUUGACGUGGACCAAAGCUUGUUUCAGCCAUUUCCAUCAGAAGUGGUAUUUCAGAACUAUACCCCUUGUGAGAUCUACGAAGUACCUCUGAUUCUGAGGAACAAUGACAAGGUUCCACGGCUGGUGAAAGUUGUCCUGGAGAGCUCACCUUAUUUUAGAGUGAUCAGCCCCAAUGACAUUGGUCACAAAGUGGCACCAGGGAUGCCAUCCACAUUUCGCAUCCUCUUCACACCUGAGGACAACAAGGAUUACUUCCACCAACUAACCUGCAUCACUGAAAGAGAAAAGUUUUUCAUACCAAUUCGAGCUAUAGGUGCCCGAGGAAUACUGGACUUUCCUGACCAGUUGAACUUCUCUACUUGCCCUGUCAAGUACAGCACUCAGAAAACUCUGCUGGUUCGCAACAUUGGCAAUAGAGAAGCUCGCUACCAGAUCACCACCCAGAGCCCUUUCUCUGUGGAACCCUCCAUUGGGACUCUAGGGAUAGGGGAAACCAUGCAGCUAAUGGUGGAGUUUCAGCCUCAGAAAAUAGGUAACCACUCCAAGGACCUGAUCGUGAACUAUGACACAGGUGAAGAUAUCCACAUAAGUAUGUAUGGAGCUGCCACAGAUGUCAACAUCAGGCUAUGCAAGAACUCCUUGACAAUCGAGAAGGCAUAUAUUACCCUGGCAAACCAGAGAUCGGUGGUCAUACAUAAUCGAAGUGAUAUCAUAGCACACUUCCAGUGGAAGGUUUCUGCAACUCAGGAAGAGGAGGAUCAACAAAAACAAAGGCUCUGUUACAGACAGCAGACCCAGGAAGACGAUGAGACUGAUCGAUUUCUAAAGGAAUGCAAUGCAGAUCCUACUCUCCGAGAACGCCUUUCCAUUCUCUCCCACAGUUUCCAGGACCACAGAAGAAUGGUGCAAGGAGAUUCUAUGCUCUUCUCUGAUAACAUCUUUACUAUUGAGCCAGUGGAAGGAGAUGUUUGGCCUAAUUCUACAGCUGAAAUUAAUGUGAUUUUUAAACCACGAGAAGCCAGAUUCUAUCAGCAAACAGUCUACUGUGAUAUCUCAGGCCGUGAGACCCGACUCCCCCUGCGUAUCAGAGGGGAAGGAAUGGGUCCCAAGCUCAUCUUCAGUUUUGACCAGCUAGAUAUUGGGAAGAUCUUCGUUGGGUCAACACACAGUUAUGAGGCAAUUCUGUCUAACAAAGGAGCCAUUGAUGCCCUGUUUAACUUGAUCCCUGCAUCUACUGCUCUUGGCUCUUGUUUCACCUUUGAUCCCAAGGAAGGCAUCAUUCUGCCAGGUGGGCUUCAAACCAUCCAAAUCUCGUUCAGUUCCACCAUCUUAGGAGAGUUCAUGGAGGAGUUUAGGUUCAACAUAAAUGGAUCACCCAAGUCUGUGAACCUGACUAUUAGUGGAUGUGUUAUUGGACCCACAUUUCAUUUCAGUGUACCAUUCCUAAAUUUUGGUGAUGUCUCUUUUGGAUUUCCUCAUACAUUAUCAUGUUGCCUCUGUAAUACAUCCUUGGUUCCAAUGACUUUUAACCUUCGCAUCCCUGGAGAUGGCCCCAGCGAUCCAAGUGUUACCAGUUUUGUUCAGAUUUCAGACAUCACAAGACCAUCCUGGAGGAAGGGACCCCAAGGAAAUGUCAAGCCAAAGGAAUUUACCAUAUUGCCUAGCAGUGGGACCAUCCGUCCUCAAGGAUUUCUGGACAUCCAGGUGACCUUAUGUUCCAACACUGUGAAGAAAUAUGAAACAGCGCUGGUGGUAGACAUAGAUGGCAUUGGAGAGGAAGUGCUAGCCCUCCUAAUUACAGCAAGAUGUGUUGUUCCGCCACUCCAUGUGGUUAACCCUGUUGUGAAAUUUGGGCGGUGUUUUCUGAAGUACCCUUACCAGCAAAUGGUGACACUCAUAAAUGACAAUGACCUUCCAGCAUGCUAUGGAGUUCUCCCUCAGGAAUAUGAGGAGAAGCCCACUGUUUUGUAUUCCAGCCCUGUGCCUUGUGGCAUUAUUCAGCCUCACAGCUCGGUAGAAAUCCCUUUAGCACUAGAAUCCCAGGUGACUGGAGAGCAGGACACUGCUGCAUACAUAGCUGUAUUUGGGAGCAAAGAAUCCCCACUGAAGAUCCAUUUAGUGAGUACUGGAGAAGGCCCAGUUAUCUAUGUGUAUCCCGCUCAGAUAGAUUUUGGCAACAUCCAGGUUUUAAAGGAUAUUUCCAGGACACUCCACCUCUCUAAUCAGACUGUUAUUCCUGCACGGUUUGGGGCACAGAUGGCUUGCAAUCACUCAACAUGGAGGAUUGAGCCCAGUGAAGGAGUAGUUCCUCCCGAGACACAGAUCCCAGUGACUCUGACAGCCAACUUGGAUGACACCAUGAAAUUCCAGGACAAAGUGAACUUGAUAAUAGAAAACAGCAACACCUAUGUGAUCCCAGUCCAGGCUACUGGCAUUGGUACCACUAUUGUCACCAACAAACCUUUUGCUCCAGAGUUCAACUUAGGACCCCACUUCAGUUUGGAUCCCUGCUCCUAUCACUUUAAGAUAACUAACCGUGGGAGAAGAACCCAUCAGCUCUACUGGACAACGGAAGGCUUCCCUCCAUUUCGUCAGCAUAACCAUGCUGUCAAUAAUACCAAAGGCAAAAACUCCCCCCAGAGUCCAGAGUCUCCUUCUCCUGUGUUUAAGCUUCAGCCAUUAAGGAUGGAACUAACACCAGGCAAGAGUAUGGACAUGAUUUUGGAAGGCGUCUCCAAUACCCCUAAGGUAGUAAAGGAACGGUUGAUAUGCCAUGCCAUUAUAGGGAAGCAGUCUGGAAAGGAGCGGAUAAUGACAGUGGAUGUCACAUGUGAAUUCAUUGCACCUGUUCUGCACCUCUCCUCCAAAGAAAUCACUUUUCGAGUAGAGAAGCACCCCAGUGAUGUUCUGACUCCACAGUUUGAACCUCUGAUCUUAAAGAACAUUUCCUCUCUGCCACUCAAUGCCCUUUUGUCUGUACGAGAACCCUUUUUCCUCUGUGAUAUGGGCCAUCAAAUGCUGCCUGCAGAGGCGCAGCCCAUGAAGCUGGUGACUGGUGAGGAACAGCAUCUUUCCAUCAGGUUUGAUCCUGCCUACAAAGAUGAUCGGAACAGCCGGGUAGCAGAGGAGGUCUUGUUUAUUAAAUUCCUGGAGCAUCCUCAUGAGGAGCAGGUCAGCCUUCGAGGAGAAGUACACUUCCCAAAUCUCCAUUUCCAGACCAUAGACUUGGAUUUUGGCUGUAUCUUGAAUGACACUGAAGUCAUGCGUUACAUUGAAAUGACCAAUUACAGCCCACUUCUUGUCAAGUAUCGCUGGUCCUUCCUGACAGAUGACCAUGGGAACCAGAUAAGGUUCAACCCUGCAGGACAUAAAUCUCUCAUUGAGCUUGAACCAACAACUGAGCAAGAAGCACAGACAGAGCCGCAGCCAACUCCUGAACAUGCUGACAGCUUUGUGAGAGAUGCAGGUAAGAAGAAACACCCUAACAGUGCGAAUGAAGAAGAGAUGUCUCCCAAAGAGCCAGCGAAUAGGACAGCUUCCACAGAAAUAAAGUUGUUAACUUGUGGCAUCAAAGAGUUAGACGGUGUUUCUCUGACUCAGAGUCCAGUGGAGCUCAAUGAAUCACUGUGUUUGGAGGAAGCAGAGGAACUGCUCACCACUGGAGUGGAAGAAGUGUUUGACAUCUUACCUCUCUAUGGAAUUCUCCAACCAAAUGACAGCCAGCAGGUAUCAUUCAGCUUUUAUGGGCAUGCUGAUAUUGCUGCCCAUGCAAAAGCACUGUGUGAGGUAGAGGGAGGCCCUACCUACGAGAUCAAGCUGAGGGGAGAGGCUUCCCUUGUCCGUUACAUGUUCGACAUAAAGGAGAUUAACUACGGGAUGCAGCUAUUUGACCAAGUCCUUGAAGCAGAAAUCAAACUGAAGAACAGUGGGAAGGUUGGUUUUGACUUCACUGUGCUAAACACCAGCCAGGCCUCUGUGGAUAACCCUCCCCCUGGAGUGCCUCUUGUCCUGCCUGCCAUGGGUUACAUUGAAUCAGAAAAAGAGCAGGUGCUGAAGGUUUAUUACCUGCCUGGAGUGCCUGAGGUCUUCCACAGGACAUUCCAGAUACAAGUGGCCCAUCUGGAGUCUGAGAGCAUCACCCUCAAAGGAGAGGGGACCUUUCCCAGAAUCUGCUUAGACCUGCCCAGAAACAUCAGAGGAAAUGAAAAGUAUGAGAAUGUCCUCAAGGAAGCAAAACAAAACAUGGAGCAAGAGCCUCAGAGAGAUGAAGGCCUCAGCCACACAGAGGCCACAGCUGCCGAGCCACCCGUGGACAAUUCCAGCACCAUGUUAGACACCUGGCUGCAGAUGGAAGUGGAGCGGCUACUGAUACAAGAGCAUGCCCUGGAACAGCAGAAAGCUCUCACGUAUGAUGGCCUGAAAGACACUGCUGUCAGCCAACGCACUCGCCGAAAACUGGUCAAAGCGCAGCUUCCUGAGUACAUCUUGGACUUUGGCUACAUCAUUCUUGGUAACAUCCGAACCCACAUUGUCAAAAUCACUAACACCAGCCAGUUCCCUGUGUCCUUUCAAGCAGACAGACGCACCCUGCAUGAUACAGGUUUCAGCAUAGAACUGGACCGUGUAAAGAACCUGCCCUACUGUGAGACAGAAACUUUUGAAGUGAGGUUUGAUCCCCGCAGCACAAGCCUGCCGCUUGGCGAAGUGGAAGUACUUCUGCCCAUAAAGGUUGUGGGUGGACCAACGUUUCACAUCUGCCUUCGUGCCAAUGUGAUCAUGCCGUCACUCUGCAUCUCCAGUGACAAACUGGAGUUCUCCUCAGUCCAGUGUGGGGAGUGCCAAAUAGAGACCAUCCAGCUUCACAAUCAGCUUCAGGUUACUUGUGAAUGGUUCAUCACCACUAAUGAGCACAUUAAAAAGGUAGACAAACAUUUGCCAUUGAGCCUACGGCGGAAGCUGCGCCAGGAGUUCAAGUCUAAGCCCCGGAUCUUUGAGGUCAUCCCCUCCUCUGGAAUUCUUGCUCCAGGGGAGCGACUCAAUCUACAGGUCAAGUUUGCCCCAGCAGAAGAGAGGUUUUACAGCACCCAGUUGACAGUUCACAUUUCCCAGAGCAGCCAACGCCUGCCGUUGCUGGUCUCUGGGUAUGGGCUGGAGCCACGUCUGGAGUUUAACCCCUCAGUGCUUGAGUUGGGACCCAUGCUGCCUUAUAGUAUUGGUGAUGAAGCAGAGGUGGUAGUAAAAAACCCCUGCAAGUUUCCCAUUGAGUUCUAUUCCUUGGAGUUUGACCAGCAGUACCUGGCUGAGGAGAAGAUUCUGCGAAUGCUGAAAGGCUAUGAUUCCCAUAAUAUCUUGCUCCUGCCGCCUCGCAUCCCAGGUGAAAAACUUCCUCCAGAAGUGCUUGAGUGUUACAACGAACAGAAGAAGAUACAAGAUGAGCAGGCUAAAACCAAAAUGGUGGAGGCAGUAAAGCAAGAGAAUGAUGAUGAAGAUAGCCUGUCUCUGUCAGAGCAUGGAGCGAAGCACUACCUUUCCGAGAGCGCGCAUACUGCCUCUUUCUGUGCCUCGGUCAUUCGCUCUGCCUCCCUCAUUGAGGAGAGUCGAAUCCACAAGGCAGACUCUAAACUUGAACAAGAUGAUGAUGAAGAGGAAGAUUUUGAAAAAGAGAAUUGGCAAAGCAUUGAUGGCAGCUGCCAAAGGGCAGUGGGAGAAUUAGACAAUAAUCCGGUAUCCAGAGCCAUAGCUCGCCACCUUGGCAUUGAUAUCUCUCCAGAAGGCCGUGCAGCCAGGAACCGCAGAGGCAUUGUCAUUAUAGUCCAUGGAGCUCCUCUUACAGGAAAGACUUCUACAGCUGUCACCCUGGCCAAACACUACAGCACUGCCUGCUUGUCCGUUGACUCUGUGGUAAUGGAAGCCAUCUCAGACAGGAGCAGUUCAGCAGGGCUUCGCGCAAGGGAGCUGUGUAUCAAGGCCACCAUAGAGCAGGCACAGCGGGAGGCAGAGGAGGCUGCAGGUCAGUCGACUGAGCUCUCUGGAGUGCCAGCACCUCUGAGCACAAGACUGAGCAUUGAGGCUUUGGCCAAGCACACUUCCGAGGGUAGUCAGCAGAGCUCCGAGAGUAAAACUGGGCCACAGUCUGUUACCUCCCGGGGCUAUAGGGGAAGUACAGCAACAGGGAGGGGGAGGUCCGAAGGCCAUGCAUCUCUGUCACAGAAGCAGCAGCAGCAGCAGCAGCAGCAGCAGCACCAGUCAGAUCAAACAGGAUCACAGGUUCCCUCCAGCCCAGUUCCCAGUGCUCCUAUCCAGCGACGGCUCAGCAUCAGUGCCAGUGUAGCAGGAGAGGUUGGCCUGAUGAGCUGUAUACUUCCUGAUGACUUACUGGUGGAGAUCCUCUCGGAAAGGAUGCAGCUGAGUGACUGCUAUCGGGGUGUGGUAUUUGAUGGACUCGAGACUCUCUUCACACGUAGUAUGUCUUCUGCUCUCCUCUGCUUACUCAAAGCUAUCAACAACCGGCGGUACAUCUUCUUCGUGAACCUGUUCCAGGAUUAUGUUGCCAUGAAAGCCAGGGAGAAGGCCAAGAUAGAGCAGGAAGAAUGGGAAAAGAAGGAAGCUAUUGCAAGAGAAAAGGCUCGUCUCCAGGAGAUGGAUGAGGAAGAAUAUGAUGCCCUCACUGAGGAACAGAAAAUUCAGUUUGAUAAUGAAUUGCUUCAGGCCCUACGGGAGCGGAAAAGGAGGGAGAUGGAGAAGCUGGCUCGAGAACUUGAGGAAAAGAGGCAGCAACAAGAGCUUGAGCGCCUGCGAGAGGAGGAAGAGAUGAAGAAGAAGAGCAAGCGAUGGAAGAGGGAGAUAAGCAAAGAAAAAGAUGAGCCCUCAGGAAAGAAAAGCCAGCUUGGAAGCAAGCAGGUUGCUGCUCAGUCCACUACCAAUAAAUCAGACUUCAGGCUGAAUGAAGGAGUAGAAAGGAAAGUGUCCACGAAAGAUCGUCCUGAUUCUGUUUCAAAUGACAAGGAGGAGAAGAAAAAGAGGAGCAAACUCACUCUACAGGAGGUAGUCCUGCCAGGGACACUGCCUCCUCCCAUCCCAGAACAGGAGGAAAUGGAAAAAGAGGUGCUGAGUGACAGUGAAAAGAGUUUGGCCCAGAGGUUUAAGGUCUAUGAUGCUGCACAGAAGGACAUUACCCAGAUUUUGCUGCUCUGGGACCGGGCACAAGGCAUUCUGCUGCCACCCCCAAAUCUUGAUGAGACUCAGCAUGAAGCAGAAGAUCAGCGUCAGGCACCAUCAGGUCGGAAGGGCCGCAAGGACAGGGAAAGGGAGCGUCAGGAACGACUGGAAAAGGAGAGAGCAGAGAAGGAGCGGCUGGAGAAGGAGAGAGCAGAGAAGGAGCGGCUGGAAAAGCUAAAAGCCCUAGAAGACUCCAGGGUGUUUGGGCUGGAGAAGGAAGUAGUGGAAGGAGCAGACAAAGACCAGGAAGGAAAGAAGGAUGUGGGGGUGCCAUGCCUGGAGUUCCAGGUGCUGAGCUCUGAGGAAUCCAGUGGGAAGAGGAUCCUAGAGAGUGGCAGGUUACCUGAAAUAGAGCAGAUCCUAGAUGGCUUGGGGCUGGGUCCCUCAGGGCCACCGAUUCCUCCUACUGCCUUUUUCUCUGUGAUUUCCUACCCGGAGAGACGGGCGGCCCCUGUGGCAGGAGAAGCUCUCAAACACUUUGCCUUCAUUGUGCCAGAAGAUAUGAGUAUUGAGGAAGAAAAAAAGGAUGCUGAAAGCAAUGCAGAUGCGACCAUCUCUGUCCCUACAAUGAAGGAGGAACAGGCCACUCCAACCAAAGGCCGACAGAAGAAGGACAAAGCAGAGCCCAGUCGUGAGGCUCAAAAGGAUAAGCGCAGCACAGGUCGCAGCAGGAAGGGCCUUCCAGGAACAGCCCCCGGACCACUGACACCUCUGACUGACCUAAACCAAAGCACCAUGAGUGGGGGACAGUCCCAGGAAAAGUUCCUCAGGUUGAGCAGCUUCCGCUGGGUAGUACCUGCUCAUGGAGAAGUGACCCUGAAGAUACAUUUUUCCUCCAUUGUCCCAGGGCAAUUUGAUCAGACCUUGAACUUUGAGAUCUUGGGCACAUGCCGUCAGUAUCAGAUUUACCUCAGGGGUAUAUGCACUUAUCCUACCAUCAGCCAGGACCCCAGGGUGGUAUUUCCCCACCGGAAGAAGUGUGUGAAACCUGAUGACAUCAUCUUCAAACAGUAUGUCACGAGCACAGGGGUAUUCCAUUUUGGCCCACUGCUCUGCGGAAAGUCAAGAGACCGGUACAAGGCUCUCCGAUAUCCCAGUAACUUUGAGAAAAUAACCAUCCUCAACAUAUCCCCUUUGGAAGCAGAGGUUCACUUCUGCUUCCAGCAUGAUUUCAAGGCAAACACGUACCUCUUGGACCCACCCACCAUGACACUGAAACCCAAUGAAAAGCAGGAGCUGAGCAUAUGGGCAUACCCUACUUCUGCUGGCAUAUUCGAAGACAGCAUUGUCUGCUGCAUUAAAGAGAAUCCAGAGCCAGUGGUUUUCAGUAUCUGCUGCCAAGGAGUGCGUCCAGAAUUGGAGCUUGACCGCAAGCAGCUGCAUUUUGAAAAGCUACUCCUGCACAGGAAAGACAGCAAGGCACUUUUUCUGAAGAACAGCACCCCUCUACCUGUAGCCUGGCGAAUCAGUGGCCUGGAGAACCUGGGGGAUGAUUUCUCUGUGCCACAAGAUCAGGGCAUCAUUGAUCCCCACUUGGAGUUUGCCCUGCAGCUGAAUUUUAGGGCCACAAAAGCUCUUAACAUUAAGAAGACCAUCCGACUGGAGGUUUCAGAUGCAGAAAACAUCCUAGGAAUUGUUCAGAUUGAAAACAUCCAAGUCCAUGCUGAAGCCUAUGAUGUUGCCCUGGACAUCAGUUUCCCCAAAGGGACAGAUGGUGGUUUGGAUUUUGGGGUCAUGAGAGUCCUCGAUGAAGGUAGGCAACAGCUGUCCCUGAAGAACAAAGGAAAAUAUGAGAUUGGGUACAGUUUCAUACUACAAUCCAGUGAAGCCAACCUAACAAAUUUGAAGUCUCUCUUCACUAUCCAGCCCCAAAAAGGGACGCUUGCUGCUGUUGACCGUCCCACUCAGGUCCAGCUCACCUUUCACUCCAGGAAGGAAGUAAAGAUUGAGGACAAGCCAAUCUUGCACUGCCAGGUUAUUGAGCCCAAUGUCUGUGAAGGGGGAGAGACCAUCGCCAGCAUUCCCAUCCGCGUGUCAGUCAGUUCUUUGUUCAGCAAGUACAGCAUCUCCCCUGCCUCAUUCAUCAAUUUUGGCUCCAUGAUGAAUGGCACACGCAAGACCUGCACCUUCGUGCUGGAGAACAAGGGAGCCCUUGACUUUAAAUUUGUCAUCUUAAAACUAAUGAGAGAUGUGCCCAUCCUGCCAAGAAAAGGAACAUCUCAUCUCAAGCACUCCCGUUCCCGUGAGAGUGACACAGCAGGCAAAAUCUUUCUUGCUGGUAAACAGAGCAAGCGUACUGAAUCUCUGCAGAAGGACAUCAACCUUCUUGUGCAGGCUCGUUUGACCUUAGGUAUGUUCACAGUAUACCCUGGAUUUGGAUCUAUUGCUUCAGGAGGCCAGCAGGUCAUCACAGUGGAUUGCUUAGCAGAGCCAGUGGGAAAGUGUGAGGAAUUCCUGGCAAUUGACAUCACUGACAAAGACCCUGAAGACAACCCCGGCGGUGUCCCUUACACCCUGAUGGCUGAGUCGUGCCUGCCAGCCUUUGUAGUUGAUGACAUUGGGUCCAUUUUUGAGGAACAUCGCAUCUGCAGCAACAUCAACCUUUACCAAAUUCUGCAGACUGUGGAAGAUGAAGGGGUGUUUGUGUCAGAUGAGAAUAAAUUUAUCUUCACGAACGUCCUGGUUGGGCACCAGGCAACAGCUCGGUUCAAGAUCUCCAAUGUAGGCAAAAUUCCCUGUGAUGCAUUUCUUGCAGUCAAACCCAUCUCCAGCAAGGCUGCUGCGCGCAUUAAUGACAUCUUUGAGGUGGAUCCUGUUCGGAUGUGUAUCCCUAGCCGCUCCCAUGCCUUUGCGACAGUAACCUUCACUCCUCAGACGAUGCAGAGCUACCAGUGCAUUUUUGAAGCUUCCAUUGAUGGACAGCCAAGCUUGGUCAGUAAAUCACGAAAUUUAACAUUUGAUAUCACUGGUGAUGGGAACCUCCCCCGAGUGACCAUCGUGCGUCCUGUCCUCCGCAACAAACGAGGGAACCCACUGCUGCUCUUCAAGAGGCUCCUGCUAGGCCACUCGGAAAAACUUCCACUCAUCCUUAAAAACAGUGGUGUUAUACCUGUUCAGAUGAUGAUUGACCUGCUGGAUGAACAAGGAGUUUUCUCACUAAAAGCCAAGCCAACCACAAACUGCCUCUCUCUGGCUCAGAAUGAGGAGGAGGAAUCCACUAGGGAAGGAAGGAAACCACAUACUGCAUCCCUUAUCCUGCAUAAUGGGGAAUCAGUGGAGUUCGAUGUUUUUUUCAAACCCAGCAUUGCCCAGCGGGUGGAAGGGAAGAUUCAUCUGUUAGUGGUGGACAACCAGUAUGAGGAGACCAACAUUCAGAUGGUGGGCGAAGGCUACCAGGAUGAUAUCACACUAGAUAAUAUCCAUGGGCUCAUAGACAGCAUUGAGGAGAAUGCUGAGGGGCAGCUGGAAGAUGACAUUGUGGAGGCUACCAAAGCAGAUCAUAUUCAGUUUGGGGACUGUCACAUUGGGAAGCCCUACCAAGUGACCUUCUCAGUAACCAACCGCAGCAAAGCAGACGUGAUGAGGUUCGAAUGGCCCAGUGGCACUCCAUUUAACUUCUCCCCCCAGGUUGGCCAUCUCCACACUGGCUGUGCUAAAGACAUAACUGUGACCUUGAAAUCCAGUGUUCCUGUCACCUUCAAAAUGCACACAGUGAAGUGUAAGGUGUGCAGAAUCACCUUUCAUCUCCCAGCAGACCAGGUCUCUGAUUGGGAUGACCGCCUGCACACUGUCAAGUGGGUGGAUGCCACAAGAAGCCUUCCAAAUGUAUGCCCCACAAAGAAGAAGGUGAUAGAGACAGACCCUGAACCUGUGCACACCAUUGUGGAGGACAGCAGCCUAGAGCUAGACCUUCGACUCAGUGCUGUUGUUGAUUAUACCCAGUUCAAGCUGGAGACCAAGGAGGUGCAGUUCAAGGAGACCUUGUUGUUCCAGACCAGGAUGUUCAAGUUCAAAUUAGCCAACAAGGGGAAUGUGGCACUAGAGUACUCCUGGAAGAUGGUCAUGGAGGACAACAGGAGGACAGUCAACUUUCCAGAGGAACCUUCACCACCCAGUCCUGAAGGAGAGCCCCCAUCUGCAACAUCUGCUGUCUCCACCAAAAUGCAGUCCAGCCAAGUAACCAGCCAGCUAGGAACUGUUCUGGAAAGUGUCGUCUCCUUCCUGUAUGCUGCCGCUGCUCACCCUCCAUUCUCCAUAGAACCCAGCAGUGGUGUCAUCACAGCUGGAAAGAAGCAGCUGUUCCAGGUGAAAUUCUCCCCACUAGAAGUGGGAGAAUUUGAGGGCCAAAUCAUUUGCAGUAUCCCUAAUCUAAAGCCAAAUUGUGAAAGCCCAGUAGUAUCUGUGAAGGGGAGAAGCCUGCUGCCCUACUGCCAUUUUGAGUUGGAAGACUCUGACUAUAUUACCGCCAACAGGCGCAACCCAGAGCUGCGAGGGCCCAAGGGGGGCACACUGGAUCCCAACACAAGGGUGAUUGAGUUUGCCUCUGUUGGGGUGCGUGCCCGGAACAGAAGGGCCUUCACUCUCACGAACCCCACCAGUUUCACCUACUCCUUCCAGUGGACUUGUGAAGAGACAAGAGACCUGCGAGAGAAACCAGUUUUCUACUGUCUGACAGAAAAGGGCCAGAUCCGGCCUGAUAAGAAAGUGGAGGUCUCAUUUGAAUUCAUCCCCCAGCACCUGGGUAUCACAGAAUCAUUUUGGACCUUCACAAUCCCAGAACAGAACAUUUCAGUCCCAUUCCUGUUGGUGGGCAACACCACUGACCCAUCUGUAUCUCUGGACAGAUCCCACCUGAACUAUCAAUCUCUCUUAGUAGGACAUGAGGCCCACAAGACCAUUCAACUGAUUAACAAUGAAAAUAUGACCUUCAGCUUUGCUUUCAGAGACAGCUCUCGCUAUUCUGAGGGAUACAUUAACUUCCUGACAGUGCAGCCCAUGGAAGGCUCUGUCCUACCUCAUUCAAGCCUUCCUGUCACUAUCCUCUUUACACCAGCACUGGAGGGAGAGGUGAGCUUCAAUCUUAUCUGUGAUGUCAAGAGGAAGACCCAGCCCCUCUCCUUAAAUGUCAAAGCUGUUGGCUACAGCAUGAAUGUUUCAGUCAGGUGUGAAGAAAGCAACGGCCUGAUCACCGAACUGAGUGUGCAGGAGACCAACAUCAUCAAUCUCAAGGAGGUGGAAAUAAAUGAACAUGCUCAGUGCAGCUUCUAUAUCCUGAACACUGGGAAGUUCAACUUCAGUUUCUUGUGGGAGUUUUCUGGUCCCAAAGUGUUGCAGCGUUACCUCGCAAUCAACCCUGAGAGGGGCAUUGUGGAUGCAGGGGGUCAAGCCCAGGCCCUGCUGACUUUUCACCCUCUAAAGACAUGCACCUUAAAGGACAUAGAGCUGAAGCUACAGAUCAGCAAUGGCCCUACAUUUAGCUGUGUGCUCCUGGCUUCUGUAGUGGUACCCAGCAUUCACUUCUCCUUCACUAAAAUCAACUUUGGAACCUGCUUCAUCUACUAUGCAGGAAUGCCUCUGGCCAGAAAGACCCUCACCAUCACAAACAAGGAGGACAAAGAGAUUAGCUUAGACUGCUUGUUCAGCAACACAGCCCACCUUGAGGUGGGCUUCCAGGCUGAUGUGCUGAAUCCUGGAGAGAAGAUAGAGGUUCCGAUCACUUUCUAUCCCAGGGAGGCUGUUUCCUACCAUGAAAUCAUCCCCUUUGAAAUCAAUGGUCUUUCCCAACAGACUGUUGAGGUCCUUGGGAAGGGCUCAGAGAUGAAGAUUGACGUUGUGGAACCACAAAGCAAAGUGGUGAAAUUUGGAGCCCUCACUGUGGGGCAGACUAUGAAGAAGACUGUCAGAAUAGCGAACAACAGUGUUGCCCCUCUUACUUUUAACUUAACUUUCAUGUUCACUAUGCUUGAGCUGCAGGAAUCUAAGGUUCUCAGCUUGUCUCCUUCCAGUGAAAUAACUCUGAAGCCCAAAGGAGAUACCUGCACUGUAGAGGUGAUCUUCUCCCCGAAGUGCCGCAUUCCACAGUUCACAGAGGAGGUGAUGCUCGAGUGCAAUGGGCUGGCGCGCUCCCUGUUCAUGGUCUGGGGCUGCUGCCAGGGCAUUGAAGUGAGUUUGGACCAGGAGCACAUCCCUUUUGGAGCAGUGGUGCAGCAGAGCAAAGCUUCACGGCGCAUCAUCAUGCAGAACACGGGAGACAUGGGAGUCAAGUUUAAGUGGGACACCAAGAGCUUUGAGCCAGAUUUCUCCAUCAGUCCCGUGGAGGGCUAUAUCUCCCCAGGCAUGGAUGUCCCCCUUGAGGUGACUUUUCACCCCUGUGAGCUGAGCCAGGAGAUCCACUAUGACAACCUGCAGUGCUACAUCCAGGGCAGCAAAGCACUCAAGCUGUCUUUGACUGGAUGUUGUGUGAACAUCCCAACGACAAAAGAGAUCCUGAAUUUCACAUGCCAAGUGCGUGGAAAACACACCCAGACCAUCAUGCUGUCCAACCGGAGUAACCAGCCAUGGAGCUUGCAGCCCAUCAUUGAGGGGGAACAAUGGAAAGGGCCAGAAUUCAUCAGGGUGGAGGCUUAUCAACACAACAAGCCCUAUGAGAUCACUUACAGACCCCUCAGCAUGAAUGUAGAGAACAAGAAGCAUCAGGGCUCCAUCUUCUUCCCCAUCCCAGAUGGGACAGGCUUGCUGUACCUCCUGCAGGGCACUGCAGAGCCCCCCAAGUCUUCAGGGUCCAUCAUUCGAGAGGUGCCAUGUAAAACUUCCUACACUGAACUGAUCCCUGUGUCCAACUGGCUAAACAAACCACAAAGAUUCCAUGUGAUAGUAGACAUGAUAAAGCCAGAAAAGCUAGACAAUACCACCGCGCUGAAGGGACUUGACUACCUUGAUGUGCCAGCUUCCUCCAAGAAGGACCACAAGCUCACAUUCUUCUCCUACAAGGAAGGGCUAUACAGUGCAAAGGUAACCUUUCGCAACGAGGUGACGCAGGAAUACUUGUUCUACUUUGUCACCUUCAAGGCCAUUCCUUCUGGUCCAAUUAGCACCAUCGAGAUGAUGACCCCAGUCCGGCAGAGCAUAUCCUCUUCUAUCAAGGUUGAAAACCCCCUUCUCAUUCCUGUGACAUUUACUACAGACUGCAAGGUGCCUGAUAUCAACCUCCCCCCACAAUUCAUCAUUCCUGCCCAGUCUGAGGGGGUGCUUGUUUUUGAAUUCCAGCCCCUUAAAAUUGGGGAAGUCAGUGGACGCCUGACACUGCAGAGCAGCGAUUUGGGCUCCUUCCAGUAUGAUCUGAACCUGAAAGCCAUCACAGGCAGGCCAGAGAAGCCACUCUAUUUCCGCACCAUGCUGGGCAGCAGCCAGAUCAUCACCACCAAGUUCAUUAACUAUACGCGCCAGAGAGUAGAGUAUACCACCAAGAUUGACUGCCCGGACUUCCAUGUAGACAAAGUCAUCAGUGCAGCUCCAGGGUCCCAAGGAGGCACAGAUGUCAGUGUGGAAAUAAUCUACGAACCCUGCCAGCUGGGUGAAUCCAGAGCAACCCUCCACCUUUCCUCCCCCAUUGGAGGAGAAUAUACCUUUCCACUCUUCGGCACUUCGGUACCCCCCAAACCUCAGGGCCCCUUUCAGAUCAAGGCCGGUUCCAGCACUUCAAUCCCUUUCAAGAAUGUAUUCUUGCAGCACACAACCUUCAUCUACCAUGUGGACAGCCCAGCUUUUACCAUCAAAGCCUCUGAAAACAUCCGCUCCAAGAAAAGCAUCUCCAUCACUGUUUCUUUUGAAGGAAACCCCACUGGCAGCAAAAUGCCAGUCACCAGCAGGCUGGUCAUCUCCUGCGCCUGGGCUGCACAUGUGGGGGCAGGCAUCUCCUGGGUUUAUUACUUGAAGGGCAUAACGCCCGAGAAGUGAUCCAGUGGCACGUGGACAGAGCAGCACUAUCCUAAUUCCUAAGUGUCCUUAGUAUUCUUUAGCAGCCAGGCAUUUCUUCCCCUCCCCCACAACUGGCCUCAAUCCCCCACAUGAUUCACAGCCCUCAGUGCCCUCACUUAUCUUUCAAGAUCUCAACCUUCCUAUUCAACAGCCUCUUUGUGUAGAACAGAAUCUUUUUACAACUCUGAAGUGCCUUGGUAGUGAAAACCAGCUCUCAAAUAAAUUCACCACUCUUUUCUUCAGGACAAAAAAUAUUUUUAUAUCUCUGGAAUCAGUUUUGCAGUCCUCACCUAAGCAGAAAUCCCAGCAAAAUUGAUGCAUGGAGGUCUGCCUGUAGAAGGACUGCAGGACGGGACAUAAAAUGCACCCUCUUCUACACAAUAUAGGUUGUCUUGUUUAUUACUGCAACACAACUAAUAUAUAGUUUUUACCUCCCAGCAGAGCAAAUUAAAAAGUCCCUUUAUUACUGAAACAACUCAACAAUUGUAUUCCUUGUCCUUGCCAUAAUACAAUUGCUAAUCUAUUUACUGCAUUGUAUGACCCUCACAAUAUACAAGGUCCACAAAAAGCCUAGGGAACCAUGUGACUGUUACAGUUAUGCAGGUUAAGAUUCACUCCUCAAUCUUCCCUCUUAUCUGCUAAGUAAAAACACUUGCACCUGAAGGAAGACUCCUCCUUUGGAUUUAUUUUAAAAGUUCCUUGGACACCAGCCAGGAAUGAGCUAAUAAAAUCAGAGACGUGGAGAUUCAUGGUAGGUGGGUAUGGCAGAUUUCAAGACAGAUUUCAAGAUUAGCUCAACCCAAGAGCACCUCAGCUUUUCAUAAGGUGGCAGAAGAGAGAGUUCACCAAUGAAUUCCCCUUAUUAUCCAGACAUUGGCCAGAUCUUCUGACACUUCCCAGCUGAACCCAUAAGUAACUGGGCUUACUGUGGCAAUGCACAUUUUUUUUUACCAAGUUUGCUUAUUUGCUGUAUGAAAACGUAUUUUGGAAUAAAGCUAGUUCAGCAA